GGGGAGUGGGGAAGGAUGAGCGCAAGCAGCCUCUCUUGGGACCAGGCUGUCCUCCAGCCUCCGGUGUGUGAUGCCUGGAAGGAGAUUAUGGAGGAAGCAGCCUACCAGCUGGCCAGCUGCAUCGUCCUCCUGGGUUACAUGGGGGGAAGUGGCAUCUUUGGGUCCCUCUAUAUCUUUGGCCUCCUGGCCCCAGGCUACUUCUGCUAUGCUCUGUGGGGCUGGCUCAAUGCUUGUGGGCUGGAUAUCUUCAUCUGGAACAUGCUGCUCGUCCUCAUCUGCUUGCUUCAGCUGGCUCACCUGGCUUACCGGCUCCGCAGAAACACCAUCCCAGAAGAGUUUGACCUCCUCUACAAGACCAUGUACCUGCCCUUGCAGGUGCCCCUGGACGUCUACAAAGAAAUCGUGAAGUGCUGUGAAGAGCAUGUCCAGUCGCUAGUCAGAGACCAGAAUUACGCGGUACAGGGCAAGACGCCCAUCGACCGCCUCUCAUUGCUGCUGUCUGGCAGGAUCCGAGUAUGCCAGGAUGGACAAUUCCUUCACUACGUCUUUCCUUACCAGUUCCUGGACUCUCCAGAAUGGGAGUCACUGCGACCCUCUGAGGAAGGAACCUUCCAGGUCACGCUGACAGCUGAGACUGAUUGCAGCUUCAUCACCUGGCCGAGGAAGAAGCUGUAUCUCCUCCUGAGGAAGGACCGCUACAUUGCCCGGCUCUUCUCCUCCCACCUGGGCUAUGACAUCUCGGAGAAGCUCUACUCCCUCAACGAGAAGCUCUUCUCCAAGUUCGGCCUGCGCUUCGACAUCCGCUUGCCCAGCCUCUACCAUGUCCUUGGGCCAGCUUCCUCCGAGGGGGAGUCGGAGGACUGCGAGGAGCUGCUGCCUGCCUCUGGCCAGGCCAGUGUCUCUGAGCCCCCUCCGCAGCCGCCGCCACCGCCACCACCGGCCCCGCGCCCCCGGGCAUCCCGGCCCGACAGUGAGCUGCUGGGUGAGGACUCCACCAGUCUUGUCUUGGAAGAUUUUGCUGAGUUGCCGGGGUCUUUUAUGGACUAUGUGAGCGAAGGGGAGUAUAUGAAGUGAGGGCACUCCUGGUACGGGCACACCUCCCCCUGUGUGGGACCCUCGCCCUCUGGAAACCUUCUCCGGAGUUCUCCUCACUCUCUCUGCAAAGGACGAGCCCCUCUGGCUCCCACUCAGACUCCUGAACUCUAGGGAACAACAGGCUGUUUUGAUCCCGAAGCCUCUCCAUGGGCACAGAUGCGCUCACACAGGUUUUUGACCAGAGAGACACUCUUUAGCACGCAGAGAUGUCUGCCAGCAGACAUUUACACUCAGGAGCACAUGAAGCACAUGCUUAAGACUGCAGUGUGACACUCCAGCACCUCCCACCCCAUGGUUGUUCACCAGAGCUGCCUUCCCCAGCGUGCUUCCAUGGUUUGUUUUUUAGUCCUCCCUCUCUGAAGUGUGUCAGCAGCUCUGCUACCAAGGUGCAGAAUCUGU